AUGGAUCACAACGAACCCCUUGGCCUGCUUCACACAGCACAAGAAGCUGAUUGGGUUGACAAAGUAAAUAUGGCUCGUGUUGACGGUCGUCUUUGCGACUGGGCUACGAGCCUCCAUCCCGAAAAGCUCCCCUGUCGUCUCAUUGGGGGCUUUCUCAAUGGGGCGUAUAACCUUGGCCAAAAGUUUGUUUUCGAAGACGAAAAAUUUUGGUUCCUCCGCUUGCCCCGCGCAAGCAGCAUUUCACCGGAACAUGCAGACGAAAAGGUGGCGAUGGAAGUUGAGGCUCUUCAUCUCCUCUUAGAAAGGACGUCAGUACCGGUCCCAAAGGUAUAUGCUUGGGGCCUUGCUCAGGAAAGUCCCCUCGGCCUUGGACCUUUCAUUUACAUGAAUUCAAUCGACGGUGUCUGUCUUUCUGACAUUCUGAGAGGAGGCGACUCGAGAUUGCUCAACGAGGAAAUCUCCGAUACUGAGAUUGAACUCAUCUACAAACAAAUAGCACAAUUUAUGGUACAAAUUUUCAACAUCGAUUUCGACCAAAUUGGCAAUUUACCAACCCCAAAGAUUAAAUAUAGAACACCUCGUCGUCCCCUUACCUGGAAGGCACACGAAAUUCUGCGCGGAGGAGGCGUAAAUACGUUUGAUGACCACAAAGAAGCCUUUUCUACCAGCGGCGAGUACUUUCAAUACAUCAACGGACAAGAUUGGCAACAACUACGGCUUCAACCCAACUCAAUUUCUGGCCCUUGGAGCGGUAUAUCGGUAUACGCAUCAUUGAAGAUCUUGGAGUCCCUGAUACCGGAAUUGACUCAUUCUGCAUACGAACAGGGCCCUUUCAAGCUCAUCUGCGAUGAUUUCGGGCCAGCAAAUAUGAUUGUCCGAAGCAAGGAGGAUCUCACAAUCAUCGGGGUGGUUGAUCUUGAGUGGGUGUAUGCUGGGCCAGCUCAGUUAUUUGGCUCGGCUCCUUGGUGGCUUCUUUUAGAUCGCCCAGUAAACAAAGCAUGGGACUUUGAAGAUGGCAAAGCCCCGAAAGCCACUGAACGCUAUUUCAAGUGUCUGGAGAUUUUUCAGCGUGUGUUAAUGGAAGAAGAACUGAAGAUGUCAGGAACUGAGAAGCUUUUCGAGCUCGUGGAGUGGUCCGAGGACACCGGUGCUAUGUGGCUUCAUAUGCUUCUCUUGGCUGGCUUUUUUGACUCUCUGAUCUUUCCUUUUAUUCAGUUACGAACGCACAAAGGCGAAGACUGGUGGGAUGAGCAAGUGAAUAAGUAUUGGGAUACGGAGCAAGCGAAGACAUUUAUUGCUACCAAGUCACUCCAUCUCGUGACCUAUGAAGAAGUUCAUAACAAGGUCAAGCAUUACCAAAGCCUCAUGGAUGAUCAGAAAAUGGAACGGACAGAUUUCAUUCGCAACGUCUCCGCGCUCCUCGGCUGUAUUUAA